UCAAAUGUUAACAGUUAGUUUUAAUGAUUUCUUCUGAACAUGCAGUGUUUUGAACAUGAAAGGAACAUUGAGUGAAAAUCAUGAACGGUUCUUCUGAACAUGGCUCCUCUUGCCUACUCCCUGCUGCCAGAUACUUGACAGCGCUUCUUUUCACAAAUCUGAACCACAUUUGGCUUGAGAGAGGAAGCAGUUGAGACCCUCAUUAUGGCUUGAAGAUGAUCAUCAGUAAGUCUAAGACCUGUACUUGGACUUAUUGAAGUUCAGCUCAGGGAUGUUGGGGGGGCAAUUCUCUCAAAAAUUGCCCAUGCUUGUCUGCUUUUCCACUCAUCUCCCUGAACUUGGCUUUGAGGUCAGAGUUGCAUUGCAGGUCAAUGAGCUCCAUUUGAAACACAGGAGGGGCAUCUUGCACAUCAAAGGUAAAGGGAUCCGCAAAAAUUUGAAAAGUGUCUCUGUGCGUCUUGAAGUCUUGUGUAGCUUGUGUAGCUUCAAAAUAUCAUCAACAUAUUGCUCUCUGAAUGGUGUGCCUGCAUCCACGAGUGUCUUGCAUGCUGGGAAAUGGCAAAGGUUUGUCUGAGAGAGCUGGGCUUUCCAUAACACAAGUUUUGUGGAGAAUGCUCUCACGUUGUCAUAGGCAGCGCUGCCCCUGGCGUCAUUUCCGGUUUGUGACGGAGCGUCCUUUAACCGGGAGAGCGCUUCCCGCUCUCGAGCCAGAGCGGGAGACGCCGGUCGGGGAGUGUCAGAACAGCUACAGGUGCUCCGUCACACGCUUCUACCUGUAACAGCAGCGUACACGAUAAACAGCCCGGUAACAGUCGCCGUUCUUUUUGCGCUUCAUCAUGACAUUCGUGGUAGAAAGUACGAUAGAUGGCAAGCGCAAAGGCGACUGCUGUCUGGCUGUUCAUUACACGCCGUGCUGUUGUUGCAAGCGUGAAGUGCACGAAGCUGGUGUAGCCUAGCCUAGCCUAGCCCCGACAAGGGACAGCGCGCGGGAGCUUGCUGAUUGACUCUUCGGAAGCCCACUUUCUCCGCGGGCCACACUGAUAUUAUACCUUCAUUUUAAGUUUUUCAGCAGCAGAAUCGUCUUCUCCCUCUCCUCGCGUCUCCUUCCUUCACCCUGUGCAGCCGCUGCUGAUUUUCCCUCCCGAUUCUCCGAGCAUGGGUCCGAACCUGUCCAUCAACCCCAGGAACAUCUGAUGAGACUGAAGACAGACAGAGACAUCUGCUAUGGCCAGCGCCGCCGGUGGUCUGGCUCAUCUUUCUUCUGAUCAGAACCAUCUAAAUGUCUCCAUUUCUGAUCACGGAGCUUGGACCACAACCAUGAGCAGUGCAGGAAUAGUCCCUGUGAAUCUCAGUGGACAGCAGCUGUUUUCAGACUCUGUCCAGAGGUUCGAUCCUGGUCAUUGUCUCAUCACACCCAUAAAUCCCAUGAUGGCCGGAAUCAGUUUAAUUUCUUCUCCUCCUCCUCCUCCUCUUCCUGAUAUUGCGGUCAUUAAGGAGAUUAUUCAAUCCAAGAGCUGCACACUCCUUCCCCAGAACCCAGAACUUCCUCCACCCUCAACUCGAGAGCGCCCACCGGGAUGCCGGACAGUUUUUGUCGGAGGUCUGCCCGAAAAUGCCACGGACGAAAUCAUCAGGGAGGUCUUUGAGCACUGUGGUGAAAUCACUGCUAUCCGCAAAAGCAAGAAGAACUUCUGCCACAUCCGUUUCAGCCAGGAGUUCAUGGUUGACAAGGCCCUGUAUCUGUCAGGAUAUCGAAUGCAGAUCGGUUCAAGCACUGAGAAAAAGGACUCAGGAAGGAUCCACGUGGACUUCGCUCAGGCUAGAGACGACCUGUAUGAGUGGGAGUGCAAACAGCGCCUUCUAGCUAGGGAGGAGCGCCAUCGAUACACGCUCCACGAAGAUCACCUACAGGCCCAGUCUCCCCCAGCCUUCAUUCACUUUUCUGACCACGAGGCAGCUGUGUUAGCUGAGAAACUUAAGGGCAACCAUAAGUUUGCUGAGGCCAUGGCAGUGCUGUUCACCUGGAUUGACCGUGGUGAAGUCAACCGCCGCUCGGCCAAUCAGUUUUAUUCUGUGAUCCAAUUAGCCAAUAGCCAUGUGCGACGGCUGAUGAGCGAGAAAGCGCAGCACGAUGAGGCGAUGGAACGUGCUAAAGAGGAAUUCAAGCAUGCCCUGCAGGCCAUUUUGGCUCAAUUUGAGCAGAUCACGGCCGUAUUCAGUGCUGCCUCUAAAAAGAAGGCAUGGGACCAUUUCUCAAAGGCUCAGCGAAAGAACAUAGAGAUGUGGCGAAAGCAGUGUGAGGAGCUGAGAAAUGCUCACAGUGAAGAAAUCAUGGACAUCAGACGUGAGGAGGAGACAGAGAAGUCCGAUGAAGAUUUGGAAGAGAAUCCUAGAAAGAGGCUCUGCACCCACAACAACAAUGUGCUUUCAGGGCUGUGGACAUCUUCGUCUCCAGAUCAAGCAUCCCUGAGCGAGGAGAAUGACUCAUUGCGUUGGCAACUGGACUCGUACAGAACUGAGGUGGACCUGCUGACAAAAGAGCAGGGGCUGUACAGGCCCGAGCUCCAGAUGCAGCAGCUGCAGCAGGGCAUGAUGGACUUGCAGCACCAGCUCGUAAGUCUGCAGGAUAAACUCAAGUGCAAAGAGGCGGAACUAGAGCAGGCAAGGGAGGAGCAUCGACAGCUGGAGGGCGAAGUGCUUGCUCUGCGAGAGAGGCUGUUGAUGGAUGGGAGGGAAAGCAUUGAAGCAGAAGUCCACGAUAUGGAGACCUCUUGUGCGCCGCCUCUCCUCGACAGCAGAAUCAGAAGGAAUAAUGUCGUCUCAAGAGUUGGAGUCACGUCAGAGAAAGAAGCUCUGCUGCUGGGCAUCAUCUCCACUUUCCUCCAUGUUCAUCCGUUUGGAGCAAACUUGGAAUAUUUAGAGUCAUACAUUCACAGAUUGGACUCCAAGGUCUCAGGGGUGGAGAUUGAACGUCUCAUGCUCCGCCUUCCCUCCAUGUUCCGUCAGGAGCUGAGCGGUGUCGGCGCCACAUUGGAGAAAAGAUGGAAGUUUUGUGGAUUUGAGGGAUUAGGUUCCGUGAUGACAAGGCAACGUCGUACUUGACUCCAACCAACUGGCAGCUGGACAUGUGACCCGAGGUGGUUAAACCAAAGCCAAAUGAGGAGAAGCAUUGACCGUAUCCACCAAUCAGGAACCUGGAGGCCUUGCUGACAUGGACUUCCUCCAUUUUAAGUAGGUUGAAAAGUCUUUUUUUUGGAAACCUUUGAAAGCACCUCCAGUUUGAACACGGACAAACGUUGUUUUCAUGAACUCACUUUGGCCUUGUUUUUUUAACAUUUGAGAAUGGGGGGAAAAGUGACAAAGGGGAUUUUGAACCUCUGACCUGCUGCUUCUUUUGCCCUGAAGCAUCAGAACGUCUUAUUUGUUUUUAUUAUUUAUGAUUUAACAGUGUCAACAGUCGGUUUUGUUUUUUUAAGUAAAGAAAAUAAAACUUUAGUGUGUAAUACUUUAACCCCACAUCAUUUAUGUUCCAUUUUUACCAAUUAUACCAAUUAUGGCAGCAGUCGCCACCCAAAUCACACUGCACCGUACCAACCCCCUAAACCUUCCUGCAGGUGCUGAAUCCACUGGA